UCCACCAGCUGAGUGAAUUGAGCCAGCUGAUGAGAGAGCAAGAGCAAGGCAGAAGACAGGGAGAGAGUGCAGAAGGCUAAGGGUGGCUGAUGCACCAACCGAGAAAGAAAGAGUGCAUGUGCAUGAGGGCCAGAGUAGGUAUAUCCAUCGAGAUCGAGGAGGACAAGGUGUAGAACUGUCUAGAGCUCAAGCCUGUGGAAAUCAAAAGCCAAAAAAUCACUAUUGCUGGGCUGCAAAGUGCAAUAUUUAGGUACCUACAUACUUACCCCGCAAACUCUGUACGUGCCUCGACGUGCAUCAUCAGCUCCGAAUUUUAUUCAUAGUAAUACGCCGAUAGCAGUCCAGUCCACUCGAGAAUAAAGGAUCGCUCAAUACUUACUGUCAAAAGAGCCAUUAUUUCCAUCCCUCACCAGAGAACCAAUCCGAUUUUGGCAACUUAGUAACACAUAAACAGGACCAUUUAAUCCAGUAAAUUGAUCGGUCUAAGUUAGGCUCGGCUCAUGUUCAACCAACAUUUACAACCAAUCUCCUUCUUGUAAAGAUUUAUCAACUCAUAAGAGAUAAUGGCUCACAGCUCUCGAACUUAUGGAUCCACGGAUCAUAGAACAGAUGUACCUGACGUGGGUUUCAGUCCCACAGAGCUUUAUAGUCUCAGUGAAAACAUAAUAUCAAAGUUACAAAACCUCAAUGCAAGUUACAGAAUCCUUGAACGUGCCUAUAAACAAAUUGGAACCAAUAAAGAUAGUCAAAUUUUGAGGGAUAAGGUGCAUGUAACUCAGAUGAGUACAAACGAAGUCGUUUCCCAAACACUCAAGGAUAUUGCAAGGCUGACAUUUUUAAUGAGGCGAGGAGAUAAAGAGCAAAAAUUGCAAAUUGAGAAACUUACCAGUGAAUUCAAGCAUGCACUACAAAAGUAUUCGGAAAUGCAGAGGUCCAUUGCUGAUAAAAUGAAAAAGCACAUACUCGUUACAAGUCACAUAGAAACUCAUGAUGAUGAAGAAGAUGAGAAACAAAGUUUACUCCAAGUUCAAGAAGAUGCAAGACAAAGAGCUGAACAAAGAGCAUUGGAAUUUGAUCAUGGCUUAAUUUUGGAGCAAGAAGAAAGAAUUAAGAGAAUUGAAGGUGAUAUUUUAGAUGUUAAUCAAAUAAUGAGGGAACUUGGAGCUGUUGUGCACCAGCAAGCAGAUUCAAUUAAUACCAUUGAAAACAACAUCGAAAGCGCAUAUGGUCAAGUUGCUUGUGGGGCGGAAGAACUGAUAAAGGCUAGUAAUCACCAAAAUAAAAUUCGUAAAAGUUUUUGUUUUAUUUUUAGUAUAGCUAUAUUUUUCGUCACUAUUUUAAUAGUGGUCAUAUUAUCGAAUAAAUCGAGUUAACACUCUUAAUGCUCCCAGACAAGAGAAAAUAUCAAACUUGGUUGUCUCAUUGUAAUACAAUGACUUGUGCUCAACAAAAAUUUUAAAGUAAAUGAUAAAAAUUCAAAGUUAUUCAAGAAAUAACAUACAAGGUGCUUAUUGAUUUUAUGUUAGUGGAUUAGAUCCAUCAGUAGGCUUUUAUAAGUGAAAAUACAUAGUUUUAAUAGAUAACUUUUUCACUGUAGCUUAAACAGAAAAACUACAAAAAUCAUAAUGUAAAAUCAUAUUCACGAAAUUCGAUGUAUUCUUUAACGAAAUAAUUUAUAGUUAUUUAAAUUGAGAUUGAACCUAUUACUUUAAUCACGCUUCAAUCUGUAUUUGGCAUACACCAUUCAUAUUUGUUAAAAUCUAAAGUUUAUUUAAAUUUGUAUUUUUUAUAAAUUUUU